GUGUAUGCUUGAUUAAGGCAUACCACUGAUCAUCUCUCUCCCUGAUCUCUCUCUUAUCUGUCUCUCAACUUCAUACAAUCAUAAUCACGUACAAAAUGCCGAUCAUCUCCUCUCGUUCAAAACUAGGAAAUAAUUCAUGGGUAGUCUCAGUACUAUCUGUGUUCGUAACCACUGAAAUCUUGUUGUUUGUUGGAUUGGCAGCUGGAUCUCUGCCAGCAACAACUGCACCAAUAUCGUCCCAUUUUUCCGAAUUCUCUUCUGGAGACAUUUUCUCAGCUUAUUGCAAGCGUGCCCCCCACAAAGCAGCUUGUGAAUCCAUGCUGUCAUCGGUGCUAACUACAACAAGUACUACUACUGCGACCCCACAAACCCUAGCAGAUCUGUUUGACCACUCGGUCAAGUACAGCAUGGGCCAGGCUCACUCGGCUCGAGCCCUUGCUUACAACCUUAGCCUUUCCUACCCCUCGGCCCCCGGCAACCUAAUUGGCGGCGGCAUGAAUGACUGCCUCGAGUUGCUCGAGGAUAGUCUAGACCAGCUCUCGAAUGUUGACAACCGUGAGAAUAAGCCUGGCACCAGCAUCGAUGAUGAUGUCCGGACAUGGCUUAGUGCUGCUCUUACUAAUCAGGCAGCAUGUCUCGAAAGCCUUGAGAAUUAUCGAUUUAAGGUAGGGAAAGGCGUGAUGGAUGCUAAGGCUCAAAAUUUGAGCCAUUUCAUUAGCAACUCCCUAAACCUUUACAUGUCUUCCAAGCCAAAGGAGGCAAAAAAGUCGAGCACAAGAUCAAGUACUGGUGGCCGGAGAAAAACGUUGUCGGAGGAUUUUCCGACGUGGGUGUCGGCGGCAGAACGGAAGCUUUUGCAAGCUUCGAUAGGAGAGAUAGAAGCAAAUGCAGUGGUGGCAAAGGAUGGGAGUGGGACGCACGGGAGCAUAGGAGAGGCACUUGAGCUGGUGGCAUCAUUGGCGGAUGGCGGUAGGACUGUCAUUCACAUAAAAGCAGGGACUUAUCGGGAAAAUCUAAACAUUCCCAGUAAGCAACAUAACGUCAUGUUGGUUGGGGAUGGAAAGGGCGUAACGGUCAUUGUUGGUGAUAAGAAUUCUGUUGAUGGCUCGACCACUUACGGGACUGCCACCGUUGGCGCCAUGGGAGACGGAUUUAUAGCUCGAGACAUUACAUUUGUGAACUCUGCGGGCCCGGAAAAACACCAAGCUGUUGCCCUUCGUGUUGGUUCCGACAAGUCGGUGAUUUUCCGAUGCUCCAUCCUCGGUUACCAAGACACCCUCUACACUCUCUCCAAACGCCAGUUCUAUAGAGAAACCGACAUCUAUGGUACAGUAGAUUUCAUAUUCGGCAACUCCGCGGCCGUCUUCCAAAGCUGUGGCAUAUACGUGAGGAAGCCUCCGUCAGGGCGCGACAACUUCAUCACAGCGCAAGGUCGGAGCAGCUCAGAUGAAAACACCGGCAUUUCGAUCCAUAACUGUAAGAUAGCAGCAGCAUCCGACCUCGCUCCUGUGCAGUCGAAGUUUGCUACGUAUCUUGGAAGGCCAUGGAAGCAGCAUUCGAGGACGGUAAUCAUGCAGUCGUCUCUGGGUGGGUUAAUUCACCCAGCAGGAUGGUCGCCAUGGUCGGGGUCUUUUGCCUUGAAUACACUGUAUUAUGGGGAAUACAUGAACUCAGGGCCUGGUGCCUCCACUUCUGGUAGGGUUAAGUGGCCUGGCUACCAUUCUUCUCUCACAUCUGCUGAAGCUCAGACUUUUACCGUCGCCGGUUUUAUCGCCGGAAAUCUUUGGUUGCCCUCCACCGGGGUGUCUUUUGAUUCAGGACUUCUUGGAUGAACCAUGUCAUUGAUAGCAGGCCUAGCUAGCCACCUUUCAAGUGUUCAUAUCUAUUCAAAAGCCAAGUGUAUGUUGCUAGCCGGAAAACAUGAUCCGGUCCCUAGCUAUAUUUGCCAAUAUCUCAUUAAUUACAAAUAAGUUGUUAAUUAGUUUGCAUUUUCUUUCUAUUUUCUAAGCAACUUCGAAAAAUCAGGAAUAAAAAGAAGUUGGUGUAUGCAUGUAUAUAUACAAAUUGUGUUUAAUUGUAUGAAAGGAUUUCAGAAUUAUCUAUUAGCAAA